AUGCAGCUCGUCAACUUGGCUCUGACCCUAGCUGCAGCUUUCUCUAUGGCCAAUGCAUACAAAAUCACUACCAGUGAUGUCAACUGUCGCAAAGGUGCCUCAACGAAUGAUGCGGUUGUCACUACAUACGACAAGGGUGCCGAUGUCAAGAUCACCUGCCAGACUUACGGUGAAGACAUUCAGGGCAACUCUAUCUGGGACAAGACCUCUGAUGGCUGCUAUGUUUCCGACUACUACGUGAAGACCGGCUCAGACAGCAUGGUCACUAAGGACUGUGGCGGCGGCAGCUCUGGUGACGGCAGCUCAUCCUACAAGGGCAAGAUCAGCCGCAAGGAGAUCCUCUCCCGCGGUGAGUACUGGGUCUCACGCCGCAUCCCAUACUCUAUGAGCGCCUAUUACCCGGACCCCGAUGGCCGCAAAUACCGUACCGACUGCUCGGGCUUCGUUAGCAUGGCUCUCCAUGCGUCUGCCCCAGGCCUCAGCACUGUCAGUCUCCCGGAGAUUGCGAAGCAUAUCUCUUGGAAUGACAUCCAGCCCGGUGAUUUUGUUGGCACCCUUGGCUCCGGUACUGGCGGUGCUGCUGGCCACGUCACUCUGUUCAAGUCUUGGGCCGACAGUUCCAAGAAGGAGUACAAUACGCUUGAGUGCCGCGGUACCUACGGCUGCGUCGCGUACAAGCGCCCUGUUGGUUGGAAGGUUGGCAGUUACACGGCCAAGCCCUACCGCUACAACAACGUUAAGGAGUAA